AUGGUAGAAGAAACAAACAAGGGCUUGGAGUGCGGAAGGAACAUCUCAGAUGAAACCCAAUACAACGUCCAUUUACAAAUGCACGGUGGAAAGAAGACCCAUCAAUGCCUGGAGAAUGGAAAGACUAUGAUUCACAGAGCAGAGCUCCGUAAACCUGAAGGAACACAUACAGGGGAAAAACCUUAUAGGUGCUCAGACUGUGUCAAGAGCUUUUCAGAGAAAUCAGACCUUGUUCAGCACCAAAGGAUUCAUUCAGGAGAGAAGCGAUUUACCUGCUCAGAAACUGGAAUGGCGUUCUCUGAUGGAAGAAAGUGCAAUGUACGCUUGCCAAAGCCCAGUACAAUAAAGGCACAUAAAUAUUUUCAGUGUGGAAAGUACUUCAGAAACAGAUCACAUCUCAUUGUCCACCAAGGGAUACACAGAGGGGAGAAGCAGUUUGAAUGCUCAGAGAGUGGGAAGAGAUUCAUUCGGAGUGCCCAUUUUCAACUGCAACAACAAACCCACACAGGGCAGAAGCCUUUUGAAUGCUCAGAUGGCCAUCUUAAAGAGCAUCAACGAAUACACACAGGGGAAAAGCCUUUUGAAUGUUCAGACUGUGGGAGGAGAUUCAGUCACAGUGGCACUCUUCAAACACAUCGACAAAUCCACACAGGGGAGAAGCCCUUUGAAUGCUCAGAGUGUGGGAAGAGAUUCGGUCGGAGUAGUGGUCUUCAAACUCAUCUAAGAACCCACACAGGGGAUAGGCCCUUUAAAUGCUUAGAGUGUGGGAAGAGAUUCCGUCGGAGUGCCCAUCUUCAAGAGCAUCAAAGAAUCCACACAGGGGAGAAACCAUUUGAAUGCUCAGAGUGUGGGAAGAGAUUCACCUGGAGUCGUGCUCUUCGACAUCAUCGACGAACUCACACAGGGGAAAAGACUAUGGAAUACUUAGAGUCUGAGAAGAGAUUCAGUCACAGUGGCACUCGUCAAAGACAUCGACAAAUCCAUACAGGGGAGAAACCCUUUGAAUGCUCAGAGUGUGGGAAGAUAUUUGGUUCCAGUAACAUUCUUCGAAGACAUCAAAGAACCCACACAGGGGAGAAACCUUUUGAAUGCUCAGACUGUGGGAAGAGAUUCCGUGAGAAUGGCUAUUUUAAAGAGCAUCGAAGAAUCCACACAGGGGAGAAGCCUUUUGAAUGCUCGGUGUGUGGUAGGUCAUUCAUUCAGAGUAGCCAUUUGCAACAGCAUCUAAGAACCCAUACAAGGGAGAAGCCAUUUGAAUGCUCAGAGUGUGGAAUGAGAUUCAGUCGGAAGGCCAGUCUUCAACAGCAUCAAAGAACCCACACAGGGGAGAAGCCUUUUGAAUGCUCAGAGUGUGGGGAGAGAUUCAGUUGGCGUGGCACUCUUCAACAUCAUCAACGAACUCACACAGGGGAGAAGCCCUUUCAAUGCUCAGAGUGUGGGAAGAGAUUAAGUCACAGUGGGACUUUUCAACAGUAUCAACGAACCCACACAGGGGAGAACUCCUUUGAUUGCUCAGAGUGUGGGAAGAGAUUCAGUCAGAAUCGGACUCUUGUCCAGUAUCAACAAACCGACACAAGGGAGAAGCCCUUUGAAUGCUCAGAGUGUGGGAAGAGAUUCCAGGAUGGUAUGGCUUCCUGCCGCUCCACCUCCAUGGUGCCCUCCUCGCCUGGGCGCUGCGCGCAUGUGCCUCCCCGGGACCCUGACUUUGCCCGCCCGCCCCAGCGGCGGCUGCAGCAGGAGCACCAGUAG